GCGAGCCGCGGAGUGGGGACGGUCCGGCGCCGGAGACAAAGGGCGCACGGGAAGGAGCGGGGCGCCCGCGCUCACUUCGGGGGCCGGGGGCGCAGGGGCGGCCAAGGAGGCAGGUGCGGGCCCCGGGAUGCGGACGCCGGUGGUGAUGACGCUGGGCAUGGUGCUCGCGCCCUGCGGGCUGCUGCUCAACCUGACGGCCACGCUGGCGCCCGGCUGGAGGCUGGUGAAGGGCUUCCUCAACCAGCCCGUGGACUUGGAGCUGUACCAGGGCCUGUGGGACAUAUGCCGCGAGCAGACCAGCCGCGAGCGCCAGUGUGGCCAGCCCGACGUGUGGGGCUACUUCGAGGCCGAGCUCGUGCUCGUGGCGCGGGGACUCAUGGUCACGUCGCUGGCCGCCACGGCCCUGGGGCUGCUGCUGGCGUCGCUCGGCGUGCGCUGCUGGCAGGAGCGGCCGCGCUUCGCGCUGGCCGGCCUCUCGGGCGUGGUGCUCUUCGCCGCCGGCCUCCUCAGCCUCAUCCCGGUCUCCUGGUACAACCACUUCUUGGAGGACCGCACCGUCCUGCCCGCCGACGCCAGCCCGGUCACGGUGCACGUCAGCUACAGCCUGGUGCUGGGCUACCUGGGCAGCUGCCUGCUGCUGCUGGGCGGCUUCUCGCUGGCGCUCAGCUUCGCGCCCUGGUGCGAGGAGCGCUGCCGCGGCUGCCGCAAGGCGCCCCCUGGCAGCCCGCGCCGCGGCAGCAUCAGCACCGUGCACGUCGACUGGCCCGAGCCCGCGCUCCCGCCCGCCAUCAAAUACUACAGCGACGGCCAGCACCUGCCGCGGCCCGCCGACCUCGGCGCCGCCCGCAAGCCCAGGGUCGGCUUCCCCAUGCCGCGGCCUCGGCCCAGCGCCUACACCAACCCGGUGGACGUGCUCCGCGGGGAAAGGGCCGACACCCCCGACGCCUCCUUGCCGAGCACCGGGUGCUGCCAAGGCUCGCUGCCCUGCGACUCCGACCUGUAGACGGCGGCCCCCCUACCUGCCCUGGCCAGGCUCUGCCGGGACAGAGGACUCGCUCCACCAUGUCCAGCCUUGAACUUGUCUGUUACCUUGUAGCCGGAAACACCUGGCUCAGAGUCUGAACCUG